CUCGCGCGGGACCAAUGAAAACUCCGCUGCUGCCACGGGCGCUCCAGGUGCUGUCGCUGCUGCUGAUCUUAGGCUCAGGCCUUUAUGCAGCUGGGUUGAACCUCAAUGACACCACCUCUGGGAAAAGUGAACCUUCUUCUGGGGACCACAAUGCCAGUGGACUUGCGGUUUCUGCCGUCAGUGCAAUGCCCUCUGGCAGUGAACUCUCCACGGGGGACUAUGACUACUCAGAGGAAUAUGACAAUGAGCCGCAAAUACCUGGCUACGUGGUAGAUGAUUCAGUCAGAGUUGAACAGGUAAUUAAGCCCAAGAAAAACAAGACAGAAGAGGACAAGACUUCAGACAAGCCCAAAAGAAAGAAAAAGGGAGGCAAAAGUGGAAAGGGCAGAAGAAACAAAAAGAAGAAAAAGAACCCGUGUGAUGCUGAGUUCAAGAAUUUCUGCAUCCAUGGCGAAUGCAGAUACACGGAGACCGUAAAGACUGUGACCUGCAACUGUCAUCAAGACUACUUUGGUGAACGGUGUGGAGAGAAAUACAUGAAGACUCACAGCGGAAAUGACAGUGACCUAUCCAAGAUCGCAUUAGUGGCCAUAACCGUCUUUGUCUCUGUCAUAACCUUCACAGCUAUUGGCAUCGUUGUCACCAUCCUGCUUCGAAAACGAUACUUCAAAGAAUAUGAAGGAGAAGCCGAAGAGCGGAAGAAGCUUCGACAGGAAACGGGAAAUGUGCACGUCAUAGCCUAG